UGUGCAUACAGAUCAGCAGAGUAGUGGUUUUGGCGUUCACUGCACUACAGGGGCAAGGCGAAACAGCCAGGAGCAGCUACUGUUUUCUACUGGACCUGUCUGAAUGCAUGACUGAGAGCUGCUGGUCAAUAGUUCUUGGCCACAUGAGAGAAUGCUAUCAGGUCUGGCUCUUCUGCUGCUUGUCUGCCUCCUCCACAUGUUGGUGACUGCCAAGGGGAACCCGUGGUCACAGAGUCUGGGCUGCGAUGAGUACCUGGGCUCAGGCAAGGUGAUGGACAAGUGUGGGGUGUGUGGCGGGGACAACAUGGCCUGUAAGCUGGUGUCAGGGCUCUUCCAGCAGCACAGCCUGAACAAGGUGGGCUACCACAAGAUAGUGGAGAUCCCAGAAGGAGCCACCAAGAUCAAUGUCACCGAGACGGUGAAGAGCAGGAAUUACCUGGCUCUGAAAAGCCGCUCAGGUCGCUCCAUCAUCAAUGGGAACUGGGCCAUUGACCGGCCAGGGAAGUAUGAGGGGGUGGGCACCAUGUUCACCUACCGACGACCCAAUGAGGUCACCAGCACCGCCGGGGAGUCCUUCCUGGCUGAAGGGCCAACCAAUGAGAUCCUGGAUGUUUAUGUGAUCUACCAGCAGCCCAACCCAGGAGUGAGCUAUGAAUUCAUCCUUCCCUCUGACAACCCUCCACAGCACCCCAACCACAGACCUGGAGGCAAUACUCUGCAUGGGCAAAGUGGGAUUGACCACCGGGGCAACCCCAACCAGGAGGGGUACGAUCCAGCAGGAGGGGGCAAAUACCCUCCCCAGGUACCCAACAACCAGGUGCCAGCGGUCCAGCCACCCAAACAUCAGAGAGAAUACAACUGGAAACUGUCUGGGGCAACAGAGUGUAGCGCCUCCUGUGGCAGAGGUAGCAGGUACACCAUCUUCCGCUGUGUCCACAGACUGAGCCAUGAGCAGGUACCAGGGAACCAGUGUGACAGCAGCACCAGGCCCAGUUCACAGGAGGAGCCCUGCAACCUUCAGUCCUGCCCUGCCUUUUGGGACAUUGGUGAGUGGUCGGAGUGCAGUAAGACAUGUGGCCUGGGUAUGCAGCACCGCCAGGUCUUGUGUAGGCAGGUGUAUUCCAACCGGACCCUUAACGUCCACACCAGCCGCUGCCGCCACCUGGAGCAGCCCGAGACCACCAGCACCUGCCAGCUGAAAAUCUGCAGCGAGUGGCAGAUACGAACCGAGUGGAGCGCCUGCUCUGUUCCCUGUGGCGUGGGCCAGAGGACCAGGGAGGUGCACUGUGUCAGCAACGUGGGAGACUUUGUGUCGGACGAGGAGUGCAACAUGAAGCUGCGACCCAGUGACAAUGAGAACUGUGACAUGGGGCCCUGUGCUAAAAGUUGGUUCUUCACUGAUUGGGGGAAUAAGUGUUCUGCUGAGUGUGGGAUGGGCAUCCGGACCCGUGGUGUUCUGUGCCUGACCAAUCACAUUAGCAGCUUGCCUCUGGAAGGGUGUGGCCAUGAGCGCCCCACUGACUCUCAGGUCUGUAAUCACGGCCCCUGUGAGAGUCGCAUCGAGUGGUUUACAGCCCCCUGGAGUCAGUGUUCAACGGAGUGUGGCUCGGGCAGCCAGCAGAGGGCAGUGGUGUGUCUGAUGAAGACUGACGAGGGGUUCAAUGUAAUGCCGCCCUACGAAUGUUCUUCUCUAGACAAGCCUCUUAAUCAGCAGAGCUGCCACCUCAAGCCCUGUGGGGCCAUGUGGUACCACACAGACUGGAGCGCUUGUUCUAAGACGUGUGAGGGGGGCUUCCGUGUGAGGGAGGUGCGCUGUCUGUCUGAUGACAUGCUUUCCAGUGAGGGCUGUGAGGAGGAGCUGAAACCAGUGGAGAGAGAGGAGUGCAACCCAGAGCCCUGCGUGCCACACAUAGACGAGAACUGUCGAGACAAGUAUUUCAACUGCAAUGUGGUGGUCCAGGCACGUCUCUGUGUGUACGACUACUACAAGACAACCUGCUGUUCCUCCUGCACACGAGUGGCCCACAGACAGUCACAAUACAGGGCACUCAGCUAGCCCCCUCCUCAGGCCUCAGACCUCUAGGGGGCCUGACACAGCACCAGAGCAGGCCCUCAGUCCCUGGGCCAAACACACUGACCCACAGUGGAGAGGACAGCCUAGAACCUGACUCUGGGUGGACAUUGACUGGACACUAUAAUAUGAGUGCUGAAAAUACAGACUGAAAAACUGAAAGACCGCAAAGAAAGGAAGUGAAAGCCCAACUUGUUUUUGGCAUGUGAGGAGAUUGCCAAUGGGCAAUACGGGAAACUGAAUGGUUCGUGGAGGAUGGAUUUGAAGGACACGUUUAACAGGGCUAUGAGUGGAGGAGCUCUGGUGAGGCGAGAUGAUAGACAGAACACCAAACCGAAGAAUAUGGAACCACUUUAUGGUCUGUAACCAGAAUCCCCUCCAGUAAAAGUUCCUGUCUGGGUUUUUGUUGUGUUUCAUGGGAAGCAGUUUGCCGCUGCCAUUCACCUGAAUGGGUUAAGGUCUUGAAAAAGGUCUUUGGCCGAAACGUUGAUAGAAUAAACAACGUGCAGAGGUAAUAUUGUGUGUGGGAGUUAUCUUUCUUACAACUAAGGACUGCUACCACAUCUGUGAUGAGACUCUUGACUACCAUGGCUCUCUUGGAUAACAUUAAAGCAGAGCAAGAUUCUGUUUGUUUUGCAUAAUGUAUAGACUGUACACAUUUUAAUAAGCUUCUUUAUGCUUUAAAAUCCACAAUAUUUAUGAUCUAAUUAACUACUUGUAGUAUGAAGUUGCCCAAGCUUGCUCUUAAAUCAUCCCCAAUUACGCAUCAUGAGGGCUCUAUUUAAUACUCUCCUACACAGAAGUUUAGUUGACCAAAGAUUUCACUAUUUCACAGGAGGACGUGUCAAACAGUAAUUGCUCAGUCCAGAUCUAUGGCUCUAUUUAAUCUGUACCGGUGAAGCGUUACAGAUGGCGCAAUAUAAAUGUUAAGGUCAUUUCUGAUUGAGCCAACAUAUGCAGUGUUUACCGUUAUACAGUCUCCACUAAUACGGAACAUUGCCUUUAAAUUUCAAUCACGCUGUAACGCUGAACUUCUGCGAUACGGAUUGAAUAGAGCCCCAAGUGACAGCUCACCAGUUUUACACAGCAACCCUCUAACAAAUUAAAAUGUUCAUGUGUCGUUGUAGUGAAUCAUAUAUUUUGCAUCACUGCUGUGUAUAUACAGAACCAGUCAAAAGUUUGGACACAUCUACUCAUUAAAGGAUUUUUCUUUAUUUGGACUAUUUUCUACAUUGUAGAAUAAUAGUGAAGACAUUAAAACUAAGAAAUAACACAAGGAAUCAUGUAGUUACCAAAAAAAGGGUUAAACAAAUCCAAAUAUAUUGUAUAUUCUUCAAAGUAGCCACCCUUUGCCUUGAUGACAACUCUGCACACUCUUGGCAUUCUCUCAACCAGUUUCACCUGGAAUGCUUUUCCAACAGUCUUGAAGGAGUUCCCAAAUUUCACUCUGCGGUCCAACUCAUCCCAAACCAUCUCAAUUUGGUUGAUUGUGGAGGCCAGGUCAUCUGAUGCAGCCCCCCAUCACUCUCCUUCUUGGUCAAAUAGCCCUUGCACAGCCUGGAGGUGUGUUGGGUCAUUGUCCGGUUGUAAAAAAAGACAGUUCUACUAAGCGGAAACCAGAUGGGAUGGCGUAUUGCUGCAGAAUGCUGUAGUAACCAUGCUGGUUAAGUGUGCCUUGAAUUCUAAAUAAAUCACAGACAGUGUCACCAGCAAAGCACCCCCACAGCAUCACACCUCCUCCUCCAUGCUUCACGGUGGGAAAAACACCAUCGGUGGGAAAUAAUCAUCCGAUCACCUACUCUGCGUUUCACAAUUACUCAUCAGACCAAAGCACAGAUUUCCACCGGUCUAAUGUCCAUUGCUCGUGUUUCUUGGCCCAAGCAAAUCUCUUCUUAUUGGUGUCCUUUAGUAGUGGUUUCUUUGCAGCAAUUUGACCAUGAAGGCCUGAUUUACAUAGUCUCCUCUGAACAGUUGAAAUGUGUCUUUUACUUGAACUCUGUGAAGAAUUUAUUUGUACUCCAAUUUCUGAGGCUGGUAACUCUAAUGAACUUAUCCUCUGCAGCAGAGGUAACUCUGGGUCUUCCUUUCUUGUGGCGGUCCUCAUGAGAGCCAGUUUCAUCAUAGCGCUUUAUGGUUUUUGCGACUGCACUUGAAGAAACUUUCAAAGUUCUUGACAUUUUCCAGAUUGACAGACCUUUGUGUCUUAAAGUAAUGAUGGGACUGUCCUUUCUCUUUGCUUAUUUGAACUGUUCUUGCCAUACUAUGGACUUGGUCUUUUGUCAAAUAGGGCUAUCAUCUGUAUACCCCCUACCUUGUCACAAGACAACUGAUUGGCUCAACUGGAUUAAGGAAAGAAAUUCCACAAAUUAACUUAACAAGGCACACCUGUUAAUUGAAAUGCAUUCCAGCUGACUACCUCGUGAAGCUGGUUGAGAGAAUGCCAAGAGUGUGCAAAUCUGUCAAGGCAAAGGGUGGCUACUUUGAAGAAUCUCAAAUAUAGAUUAUAUUUUGAUUUGUUUAACACUUUUUUGGUAACUGCAUGAUUCCAUAUGUCAUUUCAUAGUUAUGUCUUCACUAUUAUUAUACAAUGUAGAAUAUAGUAAAAAUAAAGAAAAACCCUGUAAUGAGUAGGUGUGUUCAAACUUUUGACUGGUACUGUAUGAUUGAGUGAAGAAGUUGCUGAACUGAAGGCAAUUCAGCAGGUCCUCCCAGUGCCCGAACAGAAUAGAAAGCCCGGCUCCUUUAUUUAUUUGUUGGGGUCCCCAGGGAGGGCGCUGGUUUAUCGGCAACAGUGGCCCCUUUUGGCUGCAGGGUUAAAACGUCUGUUACCUCUCCACCAAUCGCUGCCUAGGAAAGGGAUGUAGGCAUUCCAGAGCCCACUGGAUGGUUAAAGCAGAUGGUUAGAAGUUCUAGAACACUAUGUUUCUUAAAGAGAAGGUAAAACUACUAUAUUUGCGUGAGAUAAAAAGGUUACACCAUUGUACAUUUUUAUGUUCAUGUGGAGAUUGAAACAUUAAUUCACUAAUUCACUAAAAGGAUACUGGGAUAUUCAUGACACUUUAUAACUGCAGUAAUGUACCAAUCUUCACAAAUAUAUAUAUUUUUUUAAGUACAUUUGAGUAAAUUGAAACUUUUACUCGGGUAGGCCUGGUAAACAUCUAAACAAAGGUGAUAAAUUGACCAUGCCAGUAAAGUAUUAUGCCCCACUAGUUUGUCCUUUAUCCUGUAUUGUACCUCAAGAGCAAUGAGUUCCUUUUUGAUUGCAUCCAUCCUAUUAACAUUCACUGUAAGAAAAGGUUUUGAGGACAUAUUUAUCAUGGUUGAUGUGUUCUCAUCCUGUAUGUAUUGUAUGUGUAAUCAGAUGCUACGUCUGGGAUGGACUCUCUACAUGAUAAUACAGUGUAUUCAAUGCAACUUUGAGUUAAAGGGAAUUAACUGAAUUUGCCAACAGACAAGUAUUUAAAUUGAUGAUUAAAACAAUCUUUCUUUUUAUUUUUUAAAUCAGACAUGGUUUAUGACAAAUGCUAUACUAUACUUUAGUAUUUGGAAUUCAAAUGCAAACAUCUGCAAUGUACUGUACACUACUUCAUAAUUGAAAUGGGAAAGGUUUGAUUGGCGGUUUUGGAGAGAAUAGGUAAAUAAAUGUAUGUUUAUACUUAUUUAGUGCA